CAUGUUUUACCCAGGACAGGCCAGUCUCUGCUUCUCCGCUUUUGGACCAACUGAUUUAUGCAGCCCCUUACCCAGCCUACACAGAAGCUGCCUACGCCCCUGCAGAGCACUGCUGUCAGAGCCCUGCUCCUCCAGCAGCGGAACUGUACUGUAUAUGGCCUACUGCAGCUACAACUACAACGCGUGGAGGCAAGAAUGACACCGGCGCUCCCCUACAUCAAGACAACUUGAUCGUAAGAGCGGAUCUAUUUCCUUUCUAGAUUUAAAAAUAUCACAAUAAUGGCGCGCGUCAUUGCACCUUUACGGACACGAUUUAUCUCGGCGGUUUUUACAUUCACUGUAUUGUGGGGAUGUACGCUGUCCAUCACUCGGUACUCUAUACCGGAGGAGAUGGAAGAGGGCUCCUUUGUUGCCAAUCUGGCCACAGAUUUGGGUCUGGAUGUUCGCAGUUUGGUGCAGCGCAGUGCAAAGCUCGAUGUCAUUCACAGCAAAAAUUACCUUGACAUCAACAAAGAGACAGGGGAGCUGAUUAUCCGCGAGAAGAUAGACCGGGAAAGCAUAUGCAUGACUAAAACAACCUCGUGCUUUCUGAAAAUGGAUGUCAUUCUUGAAACCCCCAUUCGCAUUUUUAACAUCGAGUUAGAAAUCAUGGACAUCAACGACAACGCGCCUGUGUUUCGCAGAAGGACAAUGCACUUGGACGUUUCGGAGGCAACCCCUCCCGGUGAGAGAUUUUCACUGACAAACGCCGUGGAUGCGGACGUGGGGGCGAAUUCAAUCAAGACCUACUAUCUCAGCGAAAGCAAAUACUUCAACAUCGAUAUACAAACUGGCAGCGAUGGCUCCAAAUAUGUGGAUUUGGUGCUCAACGGUAAUUUAGACCGGGAGGAGCAUGCAGUUCAUAAUUUGAUUUUAACCGCUGUGGAUGGAGGGGUGCCUCCCCGCUCCGGUACAGCCAGCAUCAUUAUUAAUGUCCUGGAUAUCAAUGACAACGCCCCCCUGUUCAGUCAGGCGGUGUUUGCAGUCAACUUUUCAGAGAACUCGGCUGCAGGGAGCCUGGUCAUGACCUUAAACGCAACAGACUUGGAUGAAGGCACAAACGCUCAGUUAAUAUACUCAUACACGCUGUACACCUCAGAGAAGACUCAGGAGCUCUUCUCGCUUGAUUCAAACUCAGGUGAGAUCAAGGUGAAAGGGGUGAUCGAUUAUGAGGAGAGUCAGAGUUUUGAGAUGCACAUCCAGGCCCAGGACAGAGGGGCGAACCCGCUGUCGGGACACUGUAAAGUCAUAGUGUACGUCACAGAUCUGAACGAUAACUAUCCUGAGGUGACCAUCAAGUCUGUGAAAAGUGCACUGACUGAGGAUGUCUCUGUAGGGACCCUAAUUGCAGUGGUCAGUGUCAGCGACAGGGACUCCGGGGUCAACGGGGAAGUGGAGCUCACUUUGAAUCAUCAAGAAUCUUUGCCAUUCCUCCUGAACAAAUCCUCAGAGGGUUACUUUGAGCUGCUGGUUUCAAAGCCACUGGACAGAGAGUUAAUAAGCAAAUAUGACCUCACACUGAGGGUGACAGACAAAGGCUCGCCGCCCUUAUCAGAAAAUGAAGCCAUCACAUUAGACAUUUUGGAUAUCAACGACAACGCACCCACAUUCUCCCAGCCCUUCUACACAAUCCAUGUUGUGGAGAAUAAUCUACCAGGGGCAUUAUUGACAUCUCUUAGUGCGUUUGACCCAGAUCUCAAUGAGAACCAGUACUUAGUUUAUUUCAUCAUGGAGAAGGAGAUUGUUAACACGUCCAUGUCAAUGCUGUUCUCCAUCAAUCCUGAGAAUGGUGAUCUUUAUGCCCUGAAGACCUUCGACUAUGAGAGAGAGAGGGAUUUCCUUUUCCACAUCGAGGCGAGAGACUCUGGUGUUCCCCCGCUGAGCAGCAACGUGACAGUUCACAUCAUCGUUCUGGACCAAAACGACAACACCCCUCUCAUAGUGUCACCUUGGCGGGCGCAGGGCUCUGUCGUAGAGGAGGUGAUACCGAGGUCCACAGAUAAGGGGCACUUGAUAGCCAAAGUGAUCGCUAUUGAUGCCGAUUCUGAGCAGAACGCCAGGGUCACAUACCAGCUCCUGCAGAUCAGUGAUGCGACCCUGUUCAGCCUGGAUCAGUACAACGGUGAAAUCCGGACAACGAGGAUGUUCAGUUACAGAGACCCAAGACAACAGCGGCUGGUGGUCGUUGCCAAAGACAACGGUCAGCCUGCUCUCUCUGCUACUGUCACCAUCAAGAUAUCAACAGUGGAACAUGUCAUGUCCUUUUCAGAGACCACAGAGUUGCCAAUAGAGUAUGACGUCUUCACAGACCUGAACCUGUACUUAGUAAUCGGUUUAGGGGCUGUGUCAUUUCUGCUACUGAUAACCAUUUUGGUUAUUAUUGUGCUGAAGUGUCAAAAACCAAAGCCAAAGGCCAUCAAGAUCCCCCCAGCCAACAGAAACAGUGUGAUCAGCCGGAACAGCGUGAUCAGCCAGAGAAGCUCCACCAUCGCAGAUUCCACGCUGAUCUCCAGCGAUGCCUACUGGUACAGUUUGUUCCUCGCAGAGACCAGGAAGGGCAAAGUGGUCGUGAGACAGCCCAUAAUUCCCAAAGGAGCUGGGUAUUUUGUAUCCAGUAUACCCAGAAGCAUAGGGCCAAGUGAGACCACAGACUCUAGAGCAUCCACACUGGAGUACUCAAAAUGAAAGGAAGUCCAUUCUACAACUGGAGCAGGAACCCAGGAGAGAACUGCCAUGAUAUAAUCAUCUCUUCAUGGGAGUCUCUGGCUGAAAUUCUUUCCCGUGACUCACAACGAGGAUGUAAAACAACUGUCCUCCUGCAGUCCCUCUGCUCCAACUGUUCUUUCCCUCUAGCUCCUCCAGUUCCCCCUACAAACAUCAACCACUCAUCGCCUCAGCUUUUCUACCAUCGUUUCUCUUUAGAGCAUGAAUCUGCAUGAUUCCACCACAUGUUCAAAAUCUUUGGACGUAGAAUUAAAAUCAUUUAGGGCAGGAUAUUUGGGCAUUUCUAGAGUUGCCUCAUCUAGUAAAUCAUUCCCUCAACGCUUUGAAACUCAUCAAUGGACAAAUUUGCCUUCGCUUCAGGGUUUACUCUGUGUGCUGUAGUUCUCAAAAACCAUCUGUAGCUCGCCAUGUUCGCAAGUCGCCAUCAUGCAACCUUUUUUAAGCAAAAGUUCAAAACACGCCUAUUCACAAAUACACACAUGAAUCAGGGUGAAUAUAAUUCUUCCAUAAAUCUGAUAGAUACUGAACUGUAGCUGGUUAUGUCACUGAUUCAGGCUUUGCACUUGGUGUUUUGUUUUUUGAAUAAUAAUUUCUACUGUAUAAUGAGUCUCGCUGUUUAGCAAGGCUCAUACUGUCAACUAGUAACUUGCAGAUGAAAUAACCAAUGAUUUUAGAUUUCAAUAUUUUUUACAAUGUUUGUUGUGACCAACAGUGGUGAAUGUGUGAAAAUGACAAAAAAAGAAUGAAAGAAAAGAAACUGACAAAAAGGACAAAACUCACAAACUACUGUAGUGUUUCUCUUUUAAUUUGAUUGUAGAUACUGUGGUUCUAUAGAAAUGAUUAUGAGGUCAGGUGUGCAAUUAAACAGCAUCUGACUGGACACAGUUAUCUAGCUGUAUUAGGGAGACACAAAUUACACAGCAAUAUUGAAUUAUUUGAACCAUGAUCAUGUUCAGCUUCAAAAUCAAGCGUGCACUGUUUCAGCCUGUCUCUUCUUGUUGGGGUGAGCGAGCGAGGCUGCAUGUGUCCUCAGAUCACAUUUUUAUUCAGAGGCACUCUGACAUCACACAUUUGGGUGGAGCCAGAGUGGGCAGCAAUGUAAAACAUUCAAACAUGAGGAACCGUAUUUUCCAGAACAGGGUCAAAUGUCAGUUCAGCUUUCUUUGUAACAAAGUGUUCACAAUUCUCACUGACUUUCCACAGGCUGAUAAAGCUGGCAAUUCAAAUAUGAACUGCAUUCAUUCAUUGCACACAGUGCAAAUCGUAUUAAUCAGUUAAAAAACACAAUUAUGUUGGAAAAAAAAAUUGUAAUGAUAAAAACUCUGUUUAUUGAAAAUAGUAAGAAUAUUAAAAUGUAUUUAUCUUUGCCAUGGCACAAGGGAAUAUAAGGUCCAGGCAAGGUAUGUUUUAUGAAUAUUCAUGUUUUUAUAGAUAUUUUAUGUAUUAACUUUUAAUGCUGCUUUUGUGAGCUUCUUUAAGGGCAUUCUGUGUUGCAUUUGUAGUUUAGUGCAUAUGAUGUUGUUUUGAUAGUGUACAUAAGUUAAAAUUGAAUCUAGAGAACUUUUCUUGACCUCAAAAGGUAGCGCUGUUGCACUACUGCGAAGCCCAGGACUUUUUUCCUUCAGAAACAAGGAGCUUAUUAGAACCACUUAGAACGGUGCUAAAUGAUCAAAUGUAUUUGGGUGAGCUAAGGAGGUUGGAUAGUGAGAAGGAGUACAUUGUAUUAAUUAUAGUUGCAGUAUUCCAGUGCUGACCCCCCCCACCCCCCUCCCCACUGCUGAGCACAUAGACAGCAAAAAAAAGCAUUAAGCAGAAGACAGCACUUUGAAAUAUGCACAGAAUCUAAAUGUGAUCGCAGCACUCAGUCAGUAACUCAGAGAUGGGAGAAUAUCUCUGGAUGUAUUGAGCUGCAUUCUCUGAGUCAGUGAAAUCUAACCUCCCUUUUCCACUCUCACUGUCGCCUGGUGUUGGUGUUAAACCAGAUUGCUCGGACAUAAACACAGCUGUCUGUCUGUCAGACUAAAGAUGUCACUGAGGGAUCUCUUGCUGUGGAGUACAUGUUAUGUGUGCAAGCAAUGCCUGACCUGAUUUAUUCCAUCAGUGUUUCAAAGAAUGAAUAACUUGCACAUAAUGAUGUAUUGAUGAGCUCCUUGCGUGCCUUCUGCAUUGUAAAAGAUAUAUGUGACUGUUGGUGAAUGAAACAAUGGCAUGUCAUACAGUAUUACAAAUUACAGUUACCCCAGUGAUAAAAUACCUUGAAUUGCUAAGGCGUUGUUGGAUAGGGGCUCAGCCUUUUGGUUGAGCAGACGUUCUACUGAGAACCGGUAGAUGCAUUUAUUGUAUAUUGAACCGCUUUAUACUUUGUGUUUUUUAUACAGUAGACUUUUUGAUAUCUUCUGUAUUCACUGUGAUCAAAUGGCACAGGAGGCGCUUGUGCUUGGCAUAGUAAAAGUGUGUUAUUUCUCAUUCGUGUACACGGCUCAGUUUUUCCUCUGCUAAUUCAGAUUGUGCAGUAUUCUUCUAGAGUUGCAUCAAACCUAAUCCAGUUCCAUCCCACUCAGUGGAUCAAACAGUAUGGGAGAGAAUGGUCUUGCUUUAUUUUGAAGUCUAGUUAAUUGUCGGAUUUUGAUGUUGCUUAUUUGGCUUAAAUGUUCUGCCUGAUCAUUCUAGUUUGAAUAAAGCUUUUUAAUCUGUC